ACGUUCUCAAGAUCUGAUUGUUGCUGCUGCCUUUCAAAACCCUGAGUUUUGAAACACCCAGAAACUCCUGAGAUGUCGUCUGGAGGUGCUUCUUCAGCAAAGUCCUGCAAGAGGUCGAAAACGGUGAAGCGCCAUGCCAGCAUCUACACCUACCAGGAACCACCCCACAGCAACUCAGAUGAAGAUAAUGGGGAUGAGAAGGUUGACAGCAGUGACCCAGAACAGAUCUUCCAGAACAUACAGUUUCAGAAGGAGAUCAUGGCCAACAUCCGUUGCAGACCCUGGCCCAUGAGGCAGAAACUCAGGGCGUUAAGACAAGCCAAAGAGAUUGUACUGAAGUACGAAGGUCGGCUGACUCGAACAAGAGGCUACCAGGCAGCCGGAGCGGAGCUGUGGCGAAAAUUUCUUCGGCUUGCAUAUAACUUUGUGGUCAUCUUUAUUCCCUGGGAAAUGAGAAUCAAGAAAAUAGAGAGUCACUUUGGCUCUGGAGUUGCCUCAUAUUUUAUUUUUUUGAGAUGGCUAUUUGGAAUCAAUAUUGUUCUCACCAUCAUGACAGGAACAUUUGUUGUUUUACCAGAGAUCCUGGCUGGAGAGCCCUUUGGAAGCACUCCCAGCAAGAGCAUCCCUGCCGGGCAAGAAGAAUCUGCACAAGAUCUGGAUACGAUCUGGUCUUUGGGGGGUUACCUCCAGUACUCGGUUUUAUUCUACGGCUACUACGGACAGGCGCGGAAGAUUGGGACAGCAGGCUACCGGCUGCCCCUUGCUUACUUCCUCGUCGGAAUGGCCGUCUUUGCUUACAGCUUCAUCAUCCUCUUAAAGAAGAUGGCUAAAAAUUCAAGGAUGAGCCUAGCAAGCGCUUCUGAUGAAAAUUACACGUUUUGUUGGCGGGUCUUCUGUGCCUGGGAUUAUCUCAUUGGCAACCCUGAGGCUGCAGAGAGCAAAUCAGCUGCCAUAGUUAAUAGCAUCAGGGAAGCCAUACUAGAAGAACAGGAAAAAAAGAAAAGCACAAACAUGGCCGUGACCAUAAGCUUAAGGAUCAUCGCCAACAUCCUUGUUCUCCUCUCACUCGCCGGAAGCAUUUACAUCAUUUACUUCGUAGUGGAUCGAUCCCAGAAAUUAGAGCGCACGAAAAAGGAGCUAACACUCUGGGAAAAGAAUGAGGUAAGUGUUGUUGUCUCCCUCAUCACAAUGCUCGCUCCUUCUGCCUUCGAAUUGGUUGCUGCACUAGAGAUGUACCACCCUCGAACAACCCUACGCUUUCAGCUUGCCAGAGUUCUUGUCUUAUAUCUGGGAAAUCUAUACAGUUUGAUCAUUGCUCUUCUGGACAAAGUGGACAGCAUGAGCAUCGCUGAAUCUGAAGUUCACAACAAUGGAAGCACCACAGUGGUUGCCACCACUACCUCAGCUACUAAAACUGUUAGAGAAGACAACUUUUCAACGAUCAUUCCCAUUAUGCACAUUAUGAGGACCAGCACCUUUCUUCUGGUUGACAAUCACACUCAAAGCUAUGCUCUACCCAUCAGCAUGGUGACCAACAAGACAGCAUCUUAUGAAUCCAACACUCAAAGCCACCAAGAUCAAUGCUGGGAGACCUAUGUUGGUCAAGAAAUGUUGAAGCUGUCGAUUAUUGACAUGCUCUUCACCGUGGCGAGCAUCCUGUUGAUUGACUUCUUCCGUGGGCUUUUUGUCCGAUACUUAAGUGACUGUUGGUGCUGGGAUUUGGAAAGCAAAUUUCCAGAAUAUGGAGAAUUCAAAAUAGCAGAAAAUGUCCUGCAUUUGGUCUACAAUCAAGGGAUGAUUUGGAUGGGAGCCUUCUUUUCGCCCUGCCUCCCAGCGUUCAACGUUCUCAAGCUGAUAGGGCUCAUGUACCUGCGGAGCUGGGCUGUGCUAACUUGCAAUGUCCCCCAUCAGCAAGUCUUCAGAGCAUCAAGAUCUAAUAACUUCUACCUGGCUAUGCUGCUCUUCAUGUUGUUUUUGUGUAUGCUUCCAACCAUAUUUGCUAUUGCCCGCUAUAAGCCAUCCCUCACCUGUGGGCCGUUUAGUGGACAAGAAAAAAUAUAUGACAUCGUGUCUGAAACCAUUCAAGCUGACUUUCCUGUCUGGUUCCACAAGAUGAUGAUUUAUGUGAGCAGCCCUGUAGUUGUCCUGCCUGCUUUAUUGCUUCUCUUCAUGCUAAUUUAUUAUCUGCAGAGUAUUGCCAGGUCGUUAAAAUUCACUAACAAUCAACUGAGGAUGCAGAUCCAGAAUGAAAGAACUGAAGACAAGAAAAAAGUGGUCCAAAUGGCAGCAGCCAGAAUACAAACUACAGAAGGAAACGACAUAAGGCCGGAGCAGGAGAGUGACAUCAUCAGCCAGGAGUCCUCAGCCCGGUGCUCGACUCCGAGGAAGAACGGCAGUGUGGUGAACUUUGAGUCGCCCAAAGGCAGGAGAAUACAAACCAUCUCCCAGUCGGUAGCACAGCCUGAAGUAGCCAAGCCAGUCAGCCCACCGCCGGCAAAUGCUCCUCCUGCAGCUCCAGCGCCUAUAGCGGCUCCCUUGCCCAUAGCAUCCCCAGUACUCAUAGCUCCGACACCUGUCACUCCAACGCCCUCUCUGCCCAGUGUACCGAAGCCGAGAGCGGAACCCAUCGCCAACAGAUACCCAAGUGUUGCCCAUGGAAGUGCAAGCGACCUCUGCAAAGCCAAGGCUUACACCCCUGUGAAGUACAAGAAGCGUCUAGAAGAUGUUCACUCAGAACCUCUGUUCAGGAAGAGCCUCCGACAAGCCAACCCCGAGGCUCGCGGCACUGCCGGCACCCCUGCUUUCGUGGGCCGCAGGUCUCACACGGCCAGGUACUUCCUCGUCAACGAGCACGAACCCCGGAAAAAGCUCCUCCGCUCCACCACGCGGCUGCCGAGGAAUUUCCGAAUGGACGAGUCGGGGGACAUCGUGGAGCUGUAUCCGAGAAACAUCCGGAGGUACAUGGUUCGGACGCCACACAGGGCCUACUCCCCUCAUUUCAGUGAAGAGGAGGAAGAAGAGGAGUUGAGGAGAGCUCUGGCCAAUAGAUCCCACCGCCCGCGGUCGCUCUCCGAUCUCCGAGCAGCCCCCCGCUUCUACAUUGGGGAGUGUGCCGACAGCCAGAUCCUUAGUAGCAAGGCGCUGGCGAAGAUGCACUACAAAUCUUGGGAAGACGGCUUUGGGCUCACGUUUGGCAGGCCCCCUCACACCCACCGGAAGAUCCACCUGAAGAACAUUGAACUGGACCCACGCUACCCGGAGCAGCACCCAAAGGCGAAAUCCAAACACAAGCCCGAGCCGUCCCCGACGGAGUCCGACUCCAUCUCUGUCGAAUCAAGCAGUGACCAGCCAACUAGCGGCAACAACGAUUACAUCCAAGUCACCCACAGCAAAGACAAGUACCUGAAACCUGGAGCAAAUUUAACCAGGAAGAAAUCCAAGGCCGGUGCUGACUUGAACAUGGCCGAGGCUAAUGAACUGAUAUGCUCAAAUGUUUAGUGGGGAAGGACGAGGCUGCUUCAUUCGAGAGCAGAGGUUCCUAAACUUGUUUGGCCUACAA